AAUUAAAUGCGAUAUCAUUUUAAAGACUAACUAAUUGUUUUGAAUAUUAGAAAUAUUUUUUGCAGAAUAUGGAUUCUGGGAGAAAAUAACAAUUUAAGUUUUCUGAACAGGACGACACAAAAAUGUUACGAGAGGUCAUUAGUAGAAACCCAUUUAAGGACAGAGGGAAAUGGCUAGAAAUAUCGUUGGCUUUACCUAUGAGUGUUGAUGCGAGAAGAGUGAGGGAGAGGACCGUUCUUCUAAUGGAACAAAGAAGAAAGGCGAAUAGUUCAUCGCUCAAAAAGUCGGGUGUAGAUGAAGUUUAUGGGGAAAAGGAAAUUCUCCUUGACGAAAUCUUAGACCUGGCAAAUGAUGAAGAGGAGAAAGAGAAAGAUGACAAAUCAAAAGCUAUUAAAGAAGAGGUUCUGUGCAAAGAUAUCAGAAAACGAGCUCUUGACAAUUUGACACCCUCAAAAAGUGACGAAAACCUGAAGAAAAUGCCAAAGAAAUCAGCAUCAGUUAUGUCAUUUUUGAAAGAAAAGGCGGAACUUGAAAGACAGUCAAAGGAAGAUGAGCUUGCGCUUCGUCGCGAACAGUUCAAUUUAGAAAAAGAGCGGUUUGAGAUUGAAAAACAGGAAAGGCUCCAAAAGCUUGAAAGGAAAAAACAGCAGUCGAAAUUAAUGUUUGAGCUGUUUUCCAAAUGUCUGAAUAAAUAA